CUGUCGUAGCGCCAUUCGUGUCCAUGACAACAGGGAACAUGUCAGCCAUGGGGUCCGGAGACGAACAUGUUGCUGAGGUUAUGAGGGGACUGGUUCGCCACUUAAAUUGCCUAAACGAAGACAACAAAGCGACCAGAAAGAGGGCACUUGAAGCUAUUAAAAAGGAAACCAUCGAAAAAGGACUGUCUGGCGGCGUGCUGCAGGAGGUUUUCUCCUGCCUUCUCAAGCCUCUGCUCAAAUGCAUGUCGGAUCCCAUGGAAAGAUGCAGGGAGACCUCUAUUCUGAUGUUAACCGACUUUAUUCGCUGUGUUCCUCAACCGGAAGACUCGCUCGUCUACCUUAUGCCCUGCCUGACACAGAGGCUUGGGGGAAAGGAGAUCAUUGAGCCAGCCGAGGAGCUUCGGCUGUCUAUCAUGGAGCUGCUUUCUCUCACGGUGGAAGUGUGCGGGAAGCAACUAGCGCCGUAUCUGGACGAUAUGAUCAAGAUAUUACAGGUCACUAUCGUCGACCCGUGUCCUGACGUCAAAAGAGAGAGCUGUAAAUGCACUGUACUCUUUGCAAAGUCUGUGCCAGAACACUUCCACAUGCAGGCGGAGAGCUUGGUGAAGCCGUUAAUGCAGAGCAUCUCCCACCAGCACUCCAGGGUACGGGUGUCUGUCCUCGAGGCGACCGGGGCUGUGGUCCAACACGGGACGGGGAAGAACGUGGACGAUGUGCUUUCUCACAUGGCACAGAGACUCUUCGACAAUUCUCCACAAGUGCGGAAGUCCGUGACCAUCGUGGUUGGUGAUUGGCUGCUCAACAUGAGAGACAGAUAUUCCUAUUUCCACAAACUCAUCCCACUUCUGCUGAGCAGUAUUACCGACGAGGUCGAUGAAAUAAGACUGCUGGCAGAGGAGCUCUGGAGGAAGACGGGCCAGCAGUGGGAGCGGGAGAACGAGGCCGACAUCAAGGACAAGAUGGACUUCCUCCUGGCUCCGCCCCCCCUCUACCCAGCAGGAGUGGAGCGUCCCGGGCUGGGCUGCCGGGAGCUGGUGGUGAGGAACCUGGGCCGCCUGGUGCCGGCCGUCAGCCACGACGUCACCGACUGGCUGGUGCCCACGCGGGUCAAGACCUCCCAGCUGCUGCGCGUGCUGCUGCUGCACGCCGAGGACCACUGCACCCAGCACAUGCAGCCCCUCCUAGCCACCCUGCACGUGGCCUGCGGGGACAGCGAGCGGGAGGUGGUGGCCAACUGCCGGGAGGCGGCCAAGCUGCUGGGGUUCUUCGUGCUCCCGGAGGUGUUCCUCCAGCUGCUCCUGGACCACGUGGAGGCGUCGGGCUCCUCCCGCUCUCCCUGGACCCCCCUCAUGGUGCUGGCGGCCGUCCUGGAGGGCUCCUCGGGGCCCCUGCUCGGCCCCCACCUCCAGAGGCUGGCCGACACCCUGGCCCGGCCCGACGUCUGUCAGGAGUCUCAACAGCCUCUGUAUCUGGAGCAGUUGGUGGCGUGUGUGGAUGCCCUGCUGACCCAGCUCGGGCGAGACUGUGGCACCGUGAGCCUCCAGCUCCUCCAGGUGCUGUUGACCGUACAGAGCCUGUCCACCGAGCAGGUGCUCAGCGACAUGGCCCUGGGCAGCGUGCGGCGGCUGUGUCAGGUGCAGGGCCUGGCCGGCGUCCCGGAGCUCUACCGCCAGCACAUGGCCCAGCUGCUGGGCUGGCUGCUGGCCUCGGCCCGCGACUGGUCGGGCUGCUCCCCCCAGAGGCUCCAGCUCCAGAUCAUCGCCGAGCAGUCGGGUCCAGUUCUAGGGGAGUUUGUGGGCCAGCUGAUGGCCCUGCUCCAGGUGUGUCUGCAGCCCACCACCGACCCCGAGAUGAGGCUCUGCAUCUUCACCAUGCUGGCCAAGCUGCUUCUGGACGUAGGCAGCAACCUGGACUCACAGGGGUGUUUCGGUGCGGUGGCGGAGGGCUUCCUGUGUGAGGUGCUGCUCCCCAACCUGGUGUGGCAGGGGGGCCGCACGGCGGGGGCCCUGCGCACCGCCGCCCUGAGCUGCCUGCUGGCCCUGCUGCACGGGGGCUCCCUCACACCUGGACAGCUGCUGUGUGUGGAGCAGAAGCUGUGCUCCACGCUGCUGGGCGGUCUGGAGGAGUCCUCCCCGACGGCCCGGCUGUUCGCCUGCCGCUGCCUCUCCCUCCUGCUGGCCAAGGUGGGGGCCAGCCUGCACCCGGACGCCCUCAACAAGAUCUACCCAGAGCUUGUGAAGCGUCUGGACGACAGCAGCGACCAGGUGCGCGCCGUGGCCCUGAAGGCGCUGGGCCUGUGGCUGUCCAGCCUGGGUGAAGACUAUCACCCCCAGCUGUACAGAGCGCACCUGGAGUUCCUGUUCCAGCAGCUCCUCCUCCACCUGGACGAUCCCGACGGCUCGGUGCAGGAGCAGGUGCUGGGGGUGCUGAAGGCGGGCAGCCGGGUUCACCCUGCCCUGUUGGAGAGGGAGACACAAGCGGCCAAGGACAAACAGCGCAGCCCGGCCUACUGUGAGCAGCUACUGCUGCACAUCCACUCCCUGCCGAGAGGGGGAGCUGUCGAGCCUGCUCAACCCGCAGACUCAUAAAGUCCCGGUCGUUCCGCUCGCUGUCCGCAGAGGGCGCUGUCGAGCCGGAUGGCAAUGGCGUUUGUGCCUUCAUUUGAAAGAUGGAUAAAACGUGCAUGUUCUCAUUUUAAUGGCAAUUGUUAAUUUUUUUGAGUUCUCAUCUUAACUAAGCUAGAAUAACUCAAUGAGUGAUAUCUGUCAUGGGUUCCAGAUCAAGAAUUUAGGUUCAGAUUUAUUUGACUUCUGUUAUUGUCAUGCCAGAUACACUGCAUUUAUUUUACUGAUUAGAGAAAAAUGUGGACGUUUGUUGAAUGAGAUGUUUUAUACCUAACAUGUAUUUUUUUUCAUAUAGUUUUACGUUAUAUAUAUUAAAAAAAAUACUUGCUUUAUAUUUUAAUAAAAGUUAAAGUGAG